CCGUCUUGGGCCGGCCCAUGGAAGACGUCCGGGCCACGUACAGCAUGGGCAAGGAGCUGGGCCGGGGCCAGUUCGGCGUUACCCACCUCUGCACCCACAAGCAGAGCGGGGAGCGGUUCGCGUGCAAGACCAUCGCCAAGCGCAAGCUGGCAAACCGCGAGGACAUCGAGGACGUGAGGCGCGAGGUGCAGAUCAUGCACCACCUCACGGGCCAGCCCAACAUAGUUGAGCUGAGGGGGGCGUAUGAGGACAAGCACUCGGUGCAUUUGGUGAUGGAGCUGUGCGCGGGAGGAGAGCUUUUCGACAGGAUUAUUGCCAAAGGGCAUUACACGGAGAGGGCGGCCGCGUGCUUGAUGAGGACGAUUGUGCAGAUAGUGCACACGUGUCAUUCCAUGGGGGUCAUCCAUAGGGAUCUCAAGCCAGAGAAUUUCUUGCUGCUUAGCAAGGACGAGGACUCGCCUCUUAAGGCCACCGAUUUCGGCCUCUCCGUGUUCUACAAACAGGGAGAAGUUUUCAAGGACAUUGUGGGCAGUGCAUAUUAUAUAGCUCCAGAAGUCCUUAAGAGAAGGUAUGGACCGGAAGUUGAUAUUUGGAGCAUUGGUGUCAUGUUGUACAUUCUUCUCUCUGGUGUUCCGCCUUUCUGGGCAGAAUCGGAGAAUGGAAUUUUUAAUGCAAUUUUACGCGGACACAUCGAUUUUAGUUCCGAUCCAUGGCCUUCGAUCUCUAGUGGAGCAAAGGACCUCGUCAGGAAGAUGCUGAUGUCAGACCCCAAGCAAAGGCUGACAGCAUCUGAAGUUCUAAGUCAUCCAUGGAUCAAGGAGGAUGGUGAGGCACCCGACACUCCUCUUGACAAUGCUGUUUUGAGCAGGCUCAAGCAAUUCAAGGCUAUGAAUCAGUUCAAAAAAGUCGCACUACGGGUCAUAGCCGGUUGUCUUUCGGAAGAAGAAAUCAUGGGACUGAAAGAAAUGUUCAAAGGAAUGGACACCGACAACAGUGGGACCAUAACGCUCGAGGAGCUAAACCAAGGGUUAUCCAAACAAGGCACAAAGCUAUCUGAAUACGAAGUGAAGCAAUUGAUGGAAGCUGCGGAUGCUGAUGGGAAUGGUACGAUAGACUAUGAAGAGUUCAUUACAGCCACAAUGCACAUGAACAGAAUGGACAGGGAAGAACAUCUCUACACGGCCUUCCAAUAUUUUGAUAAGGACAACAGCGGGUACAUAACAGUAGAAGAACUAGAGCAGGCACUCAGAGAGUUUGGCAUGGAAGAUGGAAAGGACAUAAGGGAAAUCAUCAAUGAAGUCGACUCUGAUCACGAUGGAAGGAUAAAUUAUGAUGAAUUUGCAGCCAUGAUGAAGAAAGCUUCGAAAACACUAACAUCACUUGGAAGCUGGAUUCCCAAUCUCGUACUUCUCCUGAAGCCUCUAGAUCUCCUCCUCCUUCUUCCUCUGGUCAAACUUCUUGCCCACCUGUUGGCCACGUUGAACACAGACAGGUGGUCAACGGCAUUCUUGGCGUCGUGGAUAUCCUCGUACGCCACGAAUGCUGUCGACCACCUGUCCGGCUUCAACGUGGCCAACAGGGUUACGGUUGAACGUUUAGGUAGUGUUUGGUUGGAAUUGGGGGGAAAUUUGGAGGGAAAUUUGGAGUCUGAUUUUGUUUUGGGUAGUGUUUGGUUGGAGGGAAAAGGAUAA